AUGUCAACCACGUUAAAAGCGUUAGGAGUAGAAGUCUUAAGCUUUACUAAAUCUCGAUAAGAAGAAGCCGUCCACACUUAGUCUUCCUUAAGAAUUACUCCAUUUAUAACAAUUGAAUCUGAAACGUUUGACUGGAGUACAAUCAUUUCAAAACCUGAACUUCUCUCAGUUAAAGCAAAAAAGAAUGAGUAAUAUAUAAAUGCUGAAACCAUCCCAGAAGACUUACUGUAAGGUGAAGUGUAAUGGCCAGUAUAGUAUUUAAAAUUAUUCAAAAUAGUAUGCAGAAAACUCACUUUAUAUGUUUUCUUCAUAAAGUCCAUUCAGAAUGAGUUUAUUUCAAACAUUAAGAUCUUAAAAAUUAAUUAGCUUUAUGAGAUUAAUAACCAUUCUAAAUGUUGCUGCUGUUUGUGCUUAUGAUUAUUAGUCAAGAAUAGAAUAAGAAGAUUUUCAAAGGAAUAGAAUUUGUAUAACCAUAGAGAUUGUUUGCAAUAUAAUGUUUGGAUUGGAAUGUUUGGCAUAUAUUAUUUUGUAGGGAUUUGUGUUUGGAUAAAAUACAUAUUUAAAAUCAUGGUGGAAUAUUAUAAAUUUUGCUACUUUCAUAUCCACAUGGGCUAUUUUAGGAAAUAUUAAUAGUACUAAUUAAUUAAUACAUAUUUUAAGAGUCAUUAGAAUAUUUAGAGUACUUAGAUUAAUUUAAGACUCUAAAACACUAAAUAAAUAAUUAGGAGCAUUUAUAGGUAGUUUUUAAAGAUUAGGACCUAUUCUAAUUCCAUUAUUAUUUGUUGUUCUAUAUUACAGCAUUAUUGGAUUGCAUUUAUUUAUGGGAAUAACAGAAUACAGAUGUAGAGAAACUCCGGAACCUGAAGAAGGAAAAUGGAUUGCUGUAGAGGAUAUAAAGUAUUUGUGUGGAAUUUGGGAUUGUCCAGAAAAUACAUAUUGUGGUUCAUUAGCUGAUCAUGGAUUACCAAGAGAUUUAGAAGAAAAUAAAUUUGAAUAAUUUGGAUUUGGAUUCAUAAGAUUUGAUGAUUUCUUUUAUUCAUUAUUUGUUGUAUUCACUUUUCUUACUAUUAUUGGAUGGUCAGGUACAACUUUUAUGUUUUGGAGAGCAAUGACAACUUAUGUUACUGCAUUUUAUUUUGUUUCUUUAAUUUUCAUAUUGUAUUUCUAUUUCAUUAUAUCAAAGGGCUUAUUUAUUAUCUAAUUUACUUUUGGCAUCUUUUUAUGAAUCUUUUAUGGUGUUAAGUUCAAUUAAAUAAAAUAAGAAUUCAGAUAAUGAAUAAGAAGCCUUAGAGAAUGAAAUUAAGAAAAAGAAACAAUAAUAAAUGAUGAUGAGACUACAAUAAUUAAAUGAUUAGAAAAAUUUAAAAAGAGUUAAAAAGAGAAAAUAUGAAGUUUCACUUUAUUAUUAGGAUGAGGAAGAAGAAAUUAAUACUUUUGGUGAAAAUUUUAAGAAAUUUCAACAUUUCUCUAAUCUAAUAGUUAAAUCAAACUUAUUUAAUUAUUUAAGUUGUUCUAUGAUAUUUAUUUCAGCAAUUGUUAUCAUUUCUGAUCAUCAUUAGAUUUCAAAUAAAACGUAAUUAUUUAUAAUUAAUAAUAUAUUAGUUAUGAAAAUUUAUUAAUAGUGGAUUUCAUUUGUAUGAUAUAUUUCAUUGCAGAAUUAAUAAUAACUAUAUGGGGUAUAGGUAUGGAACAAUUUAAAGAAAUAAUUGAUAUUUUUGACACACUUGUCAUACUAUCUUAAUUUAUAUUAAUUGUUGUAUUAUUUUUCAUGGAUGAAAAUAUUAUAAUCAAUUAUAAUCAGUACAUCAAUUUUGUUAAAGCUUUAAAAAUGCUGAGAUUGGUAUAUAUUGAAUUUAAAUUAUAAUUAGAUGAAAUUCCUAUAUAUUGCAAGAGUUUUUUAUUCAAUAAGUGUCUUAGCACGAUGUUUAGUUCAAACUUUAUUAAAGAUUAAAGACUUAAUAUUCCUUUUUAUAUUUUUGAUUCUAAUUACUUCACUUUUUGGACAAGAACUGUUAGCUUAUAAAGUAAGAUUUGAAGAAUUACCUAAUGGAGAAUUGGAAAUUUCUCAUUCAAAUGAAGGAAUUUCUGCUACUAUUAAUUAUGAAGGAUUUGGUAAUGCUUUGAUGGCUGCAACAAAUGUAUUUUAUAAUGAAGAAUGGCAUAUUACAAUGUUUAUACAUGCUCAAAAAAUAUCAGUUUCUAUAUUUUAUCAUAUAUGUUCUAUAUUAAUGGGUUAAGUAUUAUUUGUCAGAUUGUUUUUAGCAGUAUUUUUAAAUGAAUUUUGUAAAUAAUUAAAAAAGAUUGAAUAAGAAAUUAAACCAAUUAAUUUUAUAUUAAAUAGUAAAAAAGUUUUAAAUUAUAUAAUUUAAUUUAUAAAAAGAAGAAGAAGAUCAAAAAUACAUUCUUAAGCUCAAUUACAAUAAUAGAUAAAUCCAUAAACUAAAAAGUCAAUAAAUUAAUAAAAAUUAUCUAUGUUUCAUAAUUUAAAUGGAAUGAAAAUAUAAAAAAUACCAGAUAGUACUCAUAAUGAAUUAAUUGAAUAAAAAGUUUAAACUCCCUCUAAUAUAUUUUGUAAUAAUUUAUUUGUUGAUUAUUAGCUAAUAAAGAAAGUAUGAUCGAUCCAUUAAAAAAGGAAUAAAAAAUCACAGAAAAGAUUGGUGAAAAUUAAAUUUCUUAAGAAGAUGAUGAUAUUUAAGAUCAUAAUAUUGAGGAUCAUUAACGAGAAGAAGAAGCAGAUCAAGAUUCAAAUUAUGAUGAUAAUUUAAAAUCACCAGAUGAUCCAAAUCAUCUAGUUUAACCUUAAAAUUUAAACAAAAGUAUUAGAAAAUCUAUAAGAUAAAAUAAUACAGAAAAAACUCUUUUUAUAUUUGCUCCUGAAUCAGAUUUUAGAUAAUUAGUAACUACUUUAGUAACAAAUUUCUAUUUUAGAAUUUUUAAUUUUACUUUAAUUCUUUUAACUUGCAUAAGAAUUGCAUUAUUAAGUCCAUUAGAAGAUCCUAAUUCAGAUCUUUCUUAUAUUUUAUAAAUUGGUUAUAUUUUUUUAACAGUAUUUUACAUAUUAGUGAUUUUAUUGAAUUGCAUAGCUUUUGGUUUAUACAAAACUGAAUAAUCUUUUUUUAGAUAAUCAGUCUAUAACAUUUUCUCAUUUGCUAUAACUAUAGUUGAUCUUAUUACUUUAAUCUUUGAUAUAACUCAUCCAUUAAGCAAGUUUAUUACUUCUUUAAGAAUUCUUUAAUUUAUUUAGAUAGGAGCAGUAUUUUCAAAGAAUAUUGCAUAUGCAUAAGAAUCUUUAUUAAAUGCGUUUGCUUAAAUGAUUUAAUUAGCAUUAUUUUGUGUAAUAAUAUUAUCAAUCUAUGGAGUUUUUGCUCUUAAAAUAUUGAAAGGAACUAUGUAUCAUUGUGAUGCUUAUGAUAUUAAGUUUAAAGAACAUAUAUAAACAGAAACUGAUUGUUUUGAUUAUGGUGGAUCAUGGAUAAAUUAAAUAUUGACAUUUGACUCUAUAUUUUCAAGCAUAUUAACAUUAUUUUGUGUAGCUACAUCUGAAAAUUGGAUACCACUCUAAAUUUAAGCUUGGAAUGCAGUUGGAAUAAAAAAACAACCAAUAUCAAGUAAUAAUAGAUCAUUUGCAGUUUAUUUUCAAAUAUUUUUCUUUUUAGGUUUUUUAUGUUUAUUAAAUAUGUUUAUUGGAUUGAUAGUUAAUGCAUAUUAGGAAGCAAAAAUGAAAGCUUAAAAUUUACAUUUAUUAGAUGAAACCUAAAGAGAAUGGUUUUAAAUUAAAAUGUAAAUUUAUACUUUAAAACCACUUGUUAAAUCUAAAAAGCCUUAAAAUGCUUUAAGAAAACUUUUAUUUUUUAUGGUUAAACAGAAAUAUUUUAAGAUAUUUUGGUUGAUUAUAAUUUUUAGUAAUACAAUUAUUUUGGCAAUUCAUUUUUAAAGAGCAGAUGAAAAUUAUAGUAAAACAUUAGAUAUUAUAAAUGAUAUUUUUGUUGCAAUUUUUGUUUUUGAAAUUUUAUGUAGAUUUUUUGCUAAAGAGAAACAUUUAUAUUUUAAAGAUAUUUCAAAUAUUGUUGAUAUAAUAGGUAUUUGGUGGGCAAUAGCAAAUUUGUUUAUAAAGAAUAAAGAUGAUUAUAAUUUUUAUUUUAAGAGAAUAUCUAAUGCAAUAUCAGUAGCAUAUUAAUUAUAAAGAAAUUAUAGAAUAAUAAAACGUUUUAAUAAUUUGGAAAAAUUAUUUUCAUCAAUAUUUUCAGUGAUUCCAAAUGCUUUAUCGAUGCUUUUUAUAAUGUUUAUAUUUUUAUUUAUUUACACAACAUUAGGAAUAGAUAUGUUUGCAUUUAUACGUACAUAAACAAGUUUAAAUGGAUGGGAUUAACAUUUUCGUAAAUUUUCAACAGCAAUGUUUUCUUUAAUAAAAGUAGCAAGUUCAGAAAGUUGGUGGACAAUCAUGAUUGAUACUUUGCAUGAAUAAUCUCCAAAUUUUGCUUGUAAUUAUAUGUCUAAUUAUAAUGAUUACUUAAUAUAUGGAUUUAAUGGUUGUGGAACUCCCUAUGCUUAUUUAUACUUUAUUUCAUUCCACAUAAUAUUUUCUCUAAUGAUUUUAAAUCUUCUUAUAGCAUCUGUAUUAGUAGCUUAUGAGGAACAUGUGAAAAGUGAAGAAUCAGCAGUAAGCAAAUAUUAAUUAAAUGAUGUAUUAUCAUUAUGGCGAAAUUAUGAUCCUUAAGGAAAUGGAUUUAUAAAUUAUAAAGACUUUUGGAAAUUGUCAUCAGAAAUAGCAAUUAUAUUUGGAGUAGCUUAGGAUGAUUUAUUGGAUGUUAAUAAUAAGAAAAAUUUUCUCAAGGUAUUAAAUAUUCCAAUCUAUGAAUCUAAAGAAUCGAAUAUGUUAUGUUAUAAAUUUCAUGAUGUGAUUUUAUCAUUAACAAAAAUUUCAGUUACUCUUAAGUAUGGAGUUACAAAGUAAUUAUUUAAUUUAUUAUUAAAUAUAGUCUUGAACCAACAGAUAAGAUAAUUUAAUAAAAGCUAUUAGCUUAAUUAGAUGAUUUGUAACAUAAAAAUUAAAUGAAUUAAUUUACUCCAACAAGUUUUAAUAGUGGUGAUAUGGUUGCUAUUAUAUACAUUCAAAAGAAAUUUCGACUUUGGAAAAAAAGAGUCAAAGUAUUAAGAGAGGGAGGAGAUGUUAAAGCUAUUUAUAAUGAAAUGUCAGAUUUAAAGAAUAUGAUUAAGAGAUAAUAAGAACUUGAAGAAUAGUAAGAAAAGUAAAAAUGA